AAAGCACAUGUAUCUGUUUUUUCAUAACCUAGAAUUUUUAGUACAAAUUGGUUAAUUUACAAACAGACCGAAAAUGCCUAAAUCGAAGCGAGAUAAGAAAAUAUCUUUGACAAAAACCGAUAAAAAGGGACUUGUGCUGAAACAAAAAAUCGUAGAAGAUGUACGAAAUUGCGUGGAAAAGUACAAAAGCGUGUACGUUUUCACGUAUAGAAACAUGAGAAACGAAACGAUGAAAGCCGUAAGGGAAGAAUGGAAGCCCAGCAGGUUUUUCUUCGGAAAAAACAAAGUUAUAGCUAUAGGUUUAGGUAGAACGAAAGAGGAAGAAGUAGACGAAGACUUACAUAAACUAGCCCGCGUGUUAAAAAACCAAUGUGGACUUUUAUUUACUGAUUGCACAAAGAAAGAAGUGGUAGAUUGGUUUGAGAGUUAUUCAGUAGAGGAAUAUGCAAGGGCGGGUUUUAAAGUAAAUAGCACAAUAACAUUAGACGCCGGUCCGUUGAAACAGUUCUCUCACGCCAUCGAACCUUAUUUGAGAAGCCUCGGAAUGCCCACGAAAUUAGACAAAGGUGUUGUUACGUUGAUAAAGGAAUUCGAAGUGUGCAAGAAGGGUAGCGUUUUAACGCCCGAACAAGCCAAAAUCCUCGAAUUGUUGGAGAACAGACUGGCCAAAUUUAAAUUGAUAUUGAAAGCUAAGUGGACGAAAGGAAAAGGGUUUAAAAAAUUCAAAAUCACCGAAGAUGAGGAAGACGAAAACGACGAGGCGGGAAUGGAAGUGGAAGAAAAUUAAUAUUUGUUUCAAUAUGUACAUUAUUUAGGUUUAUAAAUACAUAAUUUUUUCAAACAGUAGU